CCUCUAGUAACACAGCACAAACAGUACGGCACACACGUCGUACCCGAAAACUGAAAACACAGUUUCACUGACAGUUCCGACAUUACCUGACAUUCAUCGCCGUCCUCCGAACUACGGCGGCUUAUCGCGUUUAGUAAACGGGCCGUCACAUUUCACGAUAGAUAUAACUAUUUAUAAAUAGACAAAGUAUAGCGGCAUGUUCAGUGGAUGAAACUCUCGCGUCCCGUUGACCGCGUCAAACUUCACGUGGGGAACAUAAACUCGACAGUGCCAAAAACAAUAAUCAAAUGAACUCUUUGUAAAAUAUGACCAUUUACCGAGAUGUGUGUUCCGCGUGACGAAGUGAAUUGAUGUGUUAAUUCCGUAAAGUUAACAGAAUGUAAAUAUCUGGAAGUAUUCAAUGUUUACCUCUUACAGUGUUGUGAAUAACGGUUAGUUAAAUGUAGUUUAAAAUAUCGAGUGAGAGCUAUGUAGCGAAAGAUAUUUAUUCUGUUAAGCAGUUGAUCUUAGACUGAUGUAGAGCUAUCGUGGUUGUGAUAAUUAGUGGAGUGCGUUCCUUUCAUGGCCAAUGGACUUAUCGUUAAAUAAUUGGUUGUAAUACUCUGUAAGUUGUGAAUUAAUUAAAAGUUAUAUUAAUAUAUUUAUACAAAUACGAUUAAGAAUAAAUGUCCGUAGAGAGAGCUCUUGUAGUUCACGUUUUACUGUCUUUUAACGUUGAAGUAUAAAAGGUUGUGUAUGUAACGCUAAGAACUUUCGAUCUGUAAUUUCCCUUGGGUUGUGAAUACGAUAAACAGACUGAUGCUAAAACUUGGAGCAUUACCAUUCAGAGGGUAAAUUGCCCUUUGGAACUGCUUGUCAUUAGAGAAAUGGUGGAUUUUCUGGGACAUUAGUGAUACGCUCAGGUGACGAGAAGAGCGACACAAACGAGAUCGAGAAUGAACUGGUAGCCGUAGCGGCGCGACGACGUCCAUGUUGUGAUGACGGCUGUUAAUUCGGUUGCGACAACGCGCUUGCCGCUGCCGACGUUCUCGCCGCGCGCCGUGCUGAUGUACAGCGCGGCGGUUGGCGGCGAGGGCGUGGCGCUGCAGCUGCGAGAAGCAACGCCAGCCGAGAUUGACGAGCGACUUGCUAUCGCAUGUCAUGAGCCAGAGCUACUCGCAGACCUGCUGCACGCUGCUGCAAAUAUUGACGGUGAGCAUGAUGGGCUGACAGCUUUGCUGGGGGCGUCAUCUCCUGAUUUGGCACUCGCUUCUGACGCGUCAGACAGCCUGCCAAUGCCUGAUAAUGACAAUGAUUGCACAACAUCUUCGUCGUCCAGCUUAAGUGGCAUAACUACUGUCUCAGUGGCAGUCACAGGACUGGACGCGCGACCGCUGGCUAAGAAGGUGCGGCCCAAACCCGCCUCCCCUAACCGCCAAGGACCGCAGCAAUGUCAAGUUUGCAACAAGGUGUUUGGGAAUGCUUCGGCACUAGCGAAACAUAAGCUGACCCACAGUGAUGAACGGAAGUACGUGUGUAUAACCUGCGCCAAGGCUUUCAAGAGGCAAGACCAUCUAAACGGGCACAUGCUGACACAUCGCAAUAAAAAGCCAUAUGAAUGUAAAGCAGACGGAUGUGGAAAGUCAUACUGCGAUGCGCGGUCUCUACGUAGACACACCGAGAAUCAUCACCAACCUCCCGCUGAAUCAAAAACGACAAUCCCAUCAGACAUACAUGCGACUGUCGAGCGUGACUUAAGCUCGUCUCGCGUCACGUCACCAACAUCGCCGUCCCGCACCAACUCUACAAAUUCGGAUUCAAGCAACUGCUCUGAAAAGGGACCCCACAAUGGCGACAGCAGUCCGCCUCGCACGCCGCCAGCUCCGCCGACGCCGCCAGCGCGCCCCAAAACUACCAAAGCCAACAACAGCAGACCAAAAUCCAACACCACAACGCAGCAGAGUAGUCCAAAAUGUGGGAGUGGUGUAAUUGGCAGCGGAUCAACAAGCAUAACUGGCGUGUCCGGUGGCCCGCCUCGUGCAACAGACAUCAAACCGGUAGAAUGCAACUUGUGCCAUCGAAAAUUUAAAAAUAUCCCCGCUCUAAAUGGUCACAUGAGAUUACAUGGAGGAUAUUUUAAAAAGGAUUCCGAUAGUAAGAAAUUAGAUAAAAAGGAGUCAACAGGGCCGCCAUUACAAACUGCUUCUGUUUCUGUAAGAGCGCUGAUAGAAGAAAAGAUCAUAAGUCGGCGAGGGGCCACCGUAACAACUUCGCAAAGUAUAGGUUCAUCAGAUAUUGCUACUUCUCGUUCGGGUUUCGUAGCGCCAGCACCACCACCUUUAUCGAGUAUAAAAAACUCAUCAUCAUCAUCCUCAAUAGUUGGUUCAUCGAUGCAAUUCGUAUCACCGCGCGCACCUCUAGCAGGCACCAUAACUAGUAACAUUUCUGCCAACCAAAGAGACUCAACUUUAAUUGAAUUGUUAAAAAAGGGAAGUUCUAAGGUCGUAAAGCGCUCAUCUUCAGACCCAGGUCAAGGUUCACCACAACAAGAAUUCACUUUUCGUCCAGAAUUAUUUGGGGUGUCCUUUAAUUCUGACGAUGGAUAUUUUUCACCCGCCCUGAAUGAAGAUACUUUCCAAUUUACAACUACAUCAGAUCAAUUAGAAGAACUUGCGUCAUUAGAAGACUAUGCAACUGUUGCCGCAUCGAUACGAGAACGGUCGCCAGUUACAUUCCCGUCCAGUCGCCGCCUUGCUGCUGUACUUAACUCACCACUUCCAGAAUCUUUGGCUGAUUUUGGAGCCUGUCAUGGUGGUUCACCGGUACCAUCACCCGGAAUUGGAUAUACUGAAAAUUCACCAGGACUAUCAUACACUACUGGAGAUUCUCCUGGCUUAGCCUACACAGCAACAUCACCAAGUGGAAGUUACUCGACACAGCCAGAAUCAUCGCCUGGUCUAGCUUACCCAACACCGCCUGCGUCCCAUGAUGCUCACUCACCUGCCCACACAGUACCACGUGCAUCGUCGCCACUAACUGCUGCCUUUUUUACUGCAACGAUGUCAAGCCAAGAAGAGGUGGAAGAAGCACUGGAAGAAGUAUUGCCUGAAGAAUGUAGGUCACUAGAUGCAUAUGCUCUUGAACCAUCAGCCACAGCACGGCGAAUCAUGCUGAAUUCAGAAGAUCCACUGUUGUCGAGCAGUCCACGUGAUUUUUCAAAUCAACGAUCAAUCCGACGACAGCAUAGAAUCGCAGCUCCUAUUACAGCACCUCUUCACCAGUGGCAUGAUAACACGACGCUUCAGGUGUGCGUAGAAGGAAGAGAUCCUCUACCUGCAGUUUUCCUUAGUCCGAGCAGCGUUCCUGCAUCACCUCAAAGACGUAAAAGACGUGCUUCACCAGCUGGCCCUUAUCGUUCACGUAUGCGGCGUUCAAUUGAUCACUACACUCCUCAACCAAUUCUACCACCCGAUAGAGACGGCUGCGGCCUAUUUAUGGAACUGAUAAAUGAAAUUCAAGUAGAUGCUAAUCUGUUGUCACAUAUGGAAGAUCAUCGAUUACCACGGAUAAACAUAGGAGUAGACCAUCAAGCUGAUAUACCUGAGCUAUGCAAUGAUCGUAUAGAUCUUCAUCGAGUACCGGAACAGCUUUUAUGGGACCCUGGUAUAAAUGAUGGCCUUGAUGAUAACGAAGUUCGUAUGUUCAUGGAACUGGCGAUGUGUGCUGCGAUGCCUGUGGGUGGACACACAAGAGAGUACGCCUUGCAAACACUAGGCGAAUGUGGGGGGGAUAUCCGAGCCGCUACUCUUCGUCUUAUGUCCCGUCCUGCUGCCCCUUCGCAACAUGAAUCGCGCUGGACUCCAGAUGAAGUCGAAGCAUUUUUAGCCGGCCUAAGUCAAUAUGACAAAGACUUCUUUAGGAUUUCACAACUGAUAAGAACAAAGGAUUCGAAACAAUGUAUCCAGUUCUACUACUUCUGGAAGAAGGUAACUAAAGAUUACAAAACGCUGUACUUGCGAAGUUGGAACGACGGUCAAAUUCCGCAAGGUUCAUUAGGGCAGGUUUCAGCUCCCGGCUCAGCGUUGUGCGCCUCUCCACCGACCACUUACGAUAGCGAGGAGUUUCCGUGUAAGAUUUGCGGGAAAGUAUUUAACAAAGUUAAAAGUCGUAGCGCGCACAUGAAGUCGCACCGGCCACUCGACGCCGAGCCGAAAAGGCCAAAACUCGAAAAGCCUUAUGAAAAGGUUGAGAAAAUUGAUGAUAAAUCGCAAGCGACUAGCGAAUACCAAACUCUCGCUCACUGAAUACUCAUUCACCCAUUCCACCCGUGCGUCGUGCUAUGCCCAAUGCGACUAAUCAUCGUAGUCAAAAUAUAUUAAAUCACUUUAACACGUAACAAAUCACGAGUGCCAAGUGCUGCAACAUAAAUCGCUAAAAGCGUGCGACCCACCGCCCGCGCUCACUCGCACUACGCCCGAAUGUAUAUAAAUGAAUGGCUAGCUCUAAAUGUUUCUUUUUAUAAUAGUUACGAAAUAAUACUUUAGAGUAAAUUGAAGUGAUUUAGAACAAACAAAAACAGAGUAGUAACUAGAAUUUAGAGAAGAUUAGUUCUUCGUAAAUUAUAAACAAAGUUACAUUAAUGACUAUUUCGAAAUUUUCAUAAGCUAAGCUACAUGAGAGCUCAUAAAAUAUUUUGUAUAACAAUUGAUAAUUGUAGAUAGGUAGGGCCUUCGUAAAGUUUUUAUAUGACAGACUUCUCAAUGUGACUUUUCAAGUGUGAUGUUGUAAAUAAUUCAAUAGUUCUUCGACGCUGCGAUUCAGCUCCGCGGGCAGCUUUAUCGAGAUAAUCUAUAUUUUAUUACAACUACGUGUGAUACAUUAACGUAACUCGUGUAGUAACUACACUACCUCGUUUAUAUUGAAUUGUUUGUUUUAUUGCGGGCUCAGCUCAUUAUUACAUUUGCUUGUUUGCUCACUAUCUUGUUGUUAUUUUGUAGUAUUUUUAAUUUUAUUUUCUAGUCAUACUAGAUAAAUAUAUAGAGCAUACUUUGACGCGUGAGUUUUAGAUAUAAUUUAAGACAACGGAAUUCAAUUCGUUAUCCGUACCGUAAAUUAGUAACAUAUCGAAGCAGUUUUAGAAAAAUAUUGACAGUAUAUACCGCAUUUGUGAAUGUUCGAUCUUUGUUUUUAAAUGUCUUCUAUAUCUAAAAUGUUAUUAUUCUUACAAAUAUACUAUGGACUAUUUAACUGGCCGAAAUAAUUUUUUACUCGUUAAAGUAUAAACAAUCUUUUAAAAAUCUUGUUUUCGUCGUGAUAUUGUGAUCAAUGAACAUUCACAGAUGCGGGAGGUAAAUAAUAAAAAUGAAUGUAAUGAUAUUUUUUUACACAAAUAUUAUCGAAAUGCUCAAAGUACUAUAUUUUAUGUUGGUAAUUUUAUUAACUAGAUAUUUGUUGUUGAUCGUUCUAUCGUAUCUUAAUUAUUUAAUACUCGAUGUGUAAUUAGUUAAUUUUCGAGUGUAAAUUAUUUUCAAUGGAUGUGUAAUAUAUGUAUUUAAAAGAUGUAUGUACGUGUACCUUACGUGUUGUGAUAUGUACUAUUUAUUGUUUUAAAUCAUCUUUGUAUUAUUUAUAAUGGAAUGUACAAAUCGGGCAAUAAGCUAUGUUGCUCAAUUAUAUAACAAGUAUAAUAGAUCUGCCGGUUAUCGGAACUAUUAACAGCUGCCAAAGUCGAUUUCACUCGACGUAUUCUGCGGUUGUGAAGUUUAAUAAUUCACAUUUCGUCUUCUGAUACUUCGUCUCGUUUCUUAGUAUAUGUUUAUUUCGGCAGUAUUCCUUGUAAAAGACAUGUUAAUAAUUUAAAUACAUUUAAAUUCGUUUAAUGUAUUAAUUUAACCCGUUUAGUUUAAUGUUAAAUAUUAUAUGAUUAAUAUAUACAGAGCGUUUGACGCUAUCGGUUUUACGCAGAAAAGUACAAUCGAAGUAACAAUUGUUUAAGUGAAUUUUCUAAUGCUAUUAAAUAUGAAAAGCCAGAAAUUAACAGCUCUAUACUGAGCUCUGGAGGUAUACCUACGUAGCCGUUUUCCUUCCAUCUGUACCUGAAUGGAAUUCUGCCAAACAUGACACGAAGAUUUUAAGCUCGUUGUCUUGGUAUCUUUCUAGAUAGAUAUUUAUAAGGUUAUAACGAAAAUUAAACUCUAUGUAUUUGUACAUCACUAACUCGUGUGAUUAUUUGGUUGUGUUCUUAAUCUUAACAAUCUAGACGAAUUUUUUACGGUAAACUGUUAAUUCUAUAAUUAAUUUUCACGAUAUGCCAAAAUAUAAUGUCAAGUAAAAUUAUUAAGUACCUACGCCAUUUAGUAAUUACGAAUUAUAGAUAAAAUUGAGUACGGUUUAAAAUAGAUGAUUGAUUUAGAUUAAGGCAAGGCUUUAACUAAAACCCCGUACGGACAUAACGUUUUAGUAAAUUAAUGCUUCGAAUCUGCUGAAAAUAUGUGCCAUCUAUUUUGUAGUAGAAUACUAAAUAGAUAUUACAUUUCAUAUUAGGUAAAAGUUUAUAUAUAAAACAAACCUAUUUUGUCACGGUAAAUUUAAAAUAAUAACUUCUUAAAUUUGUUUUAGGAAUAUUAGGUAUUGCUUUUGAAUCAAACUAACGUUUUCUAAUCAAUUGUCUUGGUGGUUAAUGUAUCGCUUUUCGGCCUUUUGGCUAAGAUCAAAGUAUUUUAUCUGUUCUUUUGAGCUAAAUAUCUGAUCGUUCAAGCAGCUGUUAUCGAAAUGGUUUUAUUUUUACCGUGGCUCGCUAUUACGUAACUCAACCGUAAUUAUUUUCGUAACUAAGUAAAUCAUAUUACGUAAAUGUCGAUAAUAGUUUUUCAAAUAAUGAUGCUGGUAAUUUAUCUACAACUACAACAUUAAAAUAACUGUUUUUUAAAGACAAAUCCCUCCAGAAAUAUUUUUUAAACAAUACUCUUAGCUAUUAAGACUGAAAUAUGAAAAAAUCUUUAAGCGUUGAUUCUAAAUGGACUCUUCUCUUGUUUUUAUGUAGGUAUAUCAUAAUUGUUCACCCAUUCCACGUGCCAAAUCUUCACUAGUCAGAGUAGGUGUUAUGCCCUAUAUACCAAAUAUAUGAAUGAAUUCUCCUAAAAUAUUAAAAUCCUGAAAGUUGCCGCUAAAAGAUAAAAGGCGGGAUAGCGGGAUAAAUAUGCCAAAGUCCUAGCAUACCUAGUUAAUUAUACUUAUAUCUCAACGCCAAUAGUAUCUACCUUAUACACAAUUGACGAACAGCGAUUAGGGAUAUUUGGUUACGCUGUGUUUCAAACACGAACUGAAGCAUGUCUUAGAAUUCGUACAAAAUACGGCCGGUACAUUUAUUCAAAUACAAUAACCGCUUGAAUAGAAGACGCAGAAUUGCUAAGUAUUAAAUUAUAAGAUCGAGUAUUGGACAAUCUCAUUUCGAUUUAAAUAUAGAAGUGCCUUACAAUUUUCUUUUGUUGUUGUUUUUUUGUUAUUUUCUUUUAAUUAAAUCUAAUCAGGUUAUCGAAGCACUGGAAAUUGCAUUUAUUUGUGGUCCACUAAAUCCACUCUGCAAGAUCAGAGUCGCUGUGAAGCGGAUCAGUAUUAGUUCAAUCGUUGCUAGUAAAUUAUUUUAUAUGUUAAUUUAUUUAUAAUUAUAAAGACAGGACGGGCUAACAUUGUUUACGAAUAACGUUAUUAUCGUUUAAGAAGAUCUGUUAAUAUAGAUUAAAAUUGUGUCGUUUAUAUUACGAUGUUCAUAGUACAACGGCAUAGUUACAAACAAUAACUAACUACACGUCAAUUUAACGAAGGAUAAAUCUACGAGAAUGUAACACAAUGUAUACUGUAGCAGACGACUGCGUAAAAACAGAAUUACUUUAUUGAAUGAAAUUAUAAUAAGCCAAAUAUAUGUAUGUUUUGACGACAUCGUGAUGUCCCCUUUGCGUUUUGUUCGCUAACAAUUUACUGAUUCCAUUCUCUAUACCCCAAAGUAAACUAUAUAAAUGUGUAUAUACUUAUGUAUUUGUGACAACACAAUGUUAUUAUAUAUAGUAUAAAUGUUUUAUAAGCCUAAGUGGAUAUUAUAUUCUUCUAAUUUUGUAUCGAAUAAAGUGUGUAAGACGAGUAGGCGGCAAGAGACCCUACUCCGCGUGUUGCAUUACCACGAUCUCACAAUACCUACUAUGUAUUCUAUAAACAAAUAAGUUCGAUCGAAAGUUUCUAUUGUGGUAUUCAUUAAUUAUAUAAAAAAAGCCUAACAAUUCAUCGAAGUAAUUAUUAUAUAGAACAUGUUUGCCUGGCCUAAAUCAUAGUACUCGUGAACGUGGUAAUAUGACACCGACCAUCAUACGUACUUGUAAUUUAACAGUAGGUAAUAAACUGACGCGUGCCAAAUGCACGAUAAUUUGAUAUUACACUCUGUGUUGUGAUUUUGAACGUUCUGUAAAUUACAAAAGUCUUUAAAUACUAUAAAAAAAAUCGUAGACACCUUUUUAGAUUAGCACAAUUCUUCGCGUAGUCACGUUAGGUCAUUAAUGGUUGUAAGCAUUUAGAUUAAACACAUAGAUAAACAUUAAAAGGUGUAAAUGUAUUACGUAUAAAUUUUAGAUUCAUUGUUAUAUUAAAUGUGAUGAUUCGUAAAGAACAACGAUUAUUCUGGAGUCCUGUCCUCUCCCGCUCUGGGCGACUCUUCAAAACUUCGCAUAUCCUUGAAACAAUAAGUAAUCAAAUAAAACUAUAUAUAUAUUGAUAAAUUUAUUAGGGUAACUAAUUUUAUAAGACAAUGACUACUACGUGAUCUUUUAGAUUGUCUUUAUUAAUAAAUAUAUGGUGAAGGUUUUGUCAAA